AUGAACCAAGAACCACACGUAGGCCAGCGAGUUUCCUACGGCGGCGCACUCUGCACGGUCCGCUAUGUCGGUGAAGUUGCGGGAACCACUGGCUCGUGGCUGGGCGUAGAAUGGGACGACUCGACCCGCGGGAAGCACGAUGGCUCGCACAAGGGCGUGCGCUACUUCACAUGCCUUUCCAGGUCGUCCACGGCUGCGUCCUUUGUCCGCCCCACGCGGCCCAAGGACGACGUCCAGGGCUUCCUAUCCGCCCUCAAGGAGAAGUAUCUCUCUGACCCGGAGCAGGAUAAGCAUGGCCAGCCGGGUGCUCAAAUUGUCAUUUCGGGCAGAAAGGUUGCCGAGGAAGUGGGCUUUGACAAGAUUUGGAAGAAGCUUGCACAAGUCGAGGACCUGAAGAUUGUGAUUUUAGACGGCAUGCGAAUGGCUGUUUCUCGACAAGAUGGAGAUGGUCCUAUAGCAGAGUCGUGUCCGAGUAUCGUGCAUGUCGAUCUGAGCCGGAAUUUGUUCGAGACGAUUGGGCCAGUGGUAGAUAUUUGUGCAGAGCUGAAGACGCUGCGAAAGCUUAGUAUCAAUGGCAAUCGGUUUCAGAAUCUCCUGCAAGAUGCGGCCCUGGACAGAAUCAAUUCUGCAUUUCAGGGCGUUACGGAAUUAUCACUCGAAGAGACGUUGCUCACGUGGGAGGAGUUCUGCGCCAUCGCCGCCCGAUGUCCCAGCUUGAAGGAGUUGAAUGCUGGUUCGAAUCAACUCACUUGCCUUCCAAAGAUGGGCCACCUCCCUCUACCACCCGCUUUAACCUCCAUCAACCUCGAGUUCAACGAGUUCACAGCCCUAUCUGACCUUGCGAGCCUCACGUCUCUCACGUCCCUGCGAAACCUCCACCUCAAAGGCAACAACAUCACUGCCAUCUCAUCCCACGGCGCCACCGGUCCCGUGUUCCCCCCAUCGCUACAGUAUCUCGACAUAUCAUACAACAGCAUAUCUGCCUGGUCUUUUGUCGACCUUCUGCCCACCCACUUCCCGGGUCUCAACGCGCUCCGCCUAUCCCACAACCCCGUCUACGACGCAGCCAAAGACGACGACAAAAAGGCAUCGUCGUCCGAAGAAUCGCACAUGUUCACUAUCGGACGGCUGGCCAAUUUACAGAGUCUCAACUUCGCACAAGUCAAGGCCGCGGACCGGACAAACGCAGAAAUGUUUUACUUGUCGCGGAUAGCGAAGCAGCUGGCUACAGUCCCCGAGUCAGCAGAACAUACCAUCUUGGUUCAACACCCGCGGUACAAGGAGCUUUGUGAUAUCUACGGAGAACCGGAUGUCAUUCGGAGGGAUGAGGUCAAUCCUUCGUUUCUAGAAGCGCGCCUCAUCUCAGUGACGUUUCAUUUUGAGGGGGGGCAGACAAAGACGUGCAGGAUACCCAGGUCAUUUGAUGUUUAUGCUGUCAAGGGCAUUGCGGGGAAGUUGUUUGAUUUGCCACCGUUGAGAGUGAAGCUGGUUUGGGAGACGGGGGAGUGGGAUCCUAUGGCGGGAUAUGAUGAUCGCGAUGGGGACAGUAGUGAUGAUGAGGAGCUGCGUGGUGAUGAGACCGCCGAGAAGGCUCAAGAGAUUGGUGGGAUGAAUGGCAAGUCCGGGCGAUGGAUAGAGAGGGAGGUCGAACUGAAGGAUGGGCCUAAGCAGUUGGGGUACUGUGUUGAUGGGCUGGAUGUGUCUAUUCGGAUUGAGAAGUCUUGA